GUGUGUGUGUGUGUGUGUGUGUGUGUGUCACUAUGAGUCUGGUCUCGGGCUUCCCUCACCACCCGGUCAUGCACCACCACGACAGCCACCACUACUCCUUGCAUGCGGCAGCGGCCGGACGGUGUCACGAGGACACCGGGGCUCCUCAGUACUUUACGAGCUGGCUGAUAAGCCAUGCGGAUAUGUCUCCCACCGAGUACAGCCUCGCGCCCGGCUACAGCCCCGAGUACCAUGGCAACAGCGGCAGCGGGUCUACAGGCGGCCUGGACCCCCACCAUCACCACCACCACCACCACUAUGGACCCGGCGGCUUGGUACCGGGGGCCGGCACCAUCUCAGUGAACGGAGCCCCAGUCGGUAUGCACCACCACACACACCCUCGGACCGUGAAGCGGAGACCCACGGCCAACCGCAAGGAGAGGCGGCGGACCCAAAGCAUCAACUCGGCCUUCGCGGAGCUGAGGGAGUGUAUCCCUAACGUCCCGGCCGACACCAAGCUGUCCAAGAUCAAGACACUGCGGCUGGCCACCAGCUACAUCUCCUACCUGAUGGACAUCUUGGACAAGGACGGACAACACGGAGACACGCAGGCUUUCAAGGCCGAGCUGAAAAAGACGGAGGCUCGGGAGGAACGGAGGAAGAGAGAAGCGGUGGAGAUCCCUAAAACAACUUCAUCAUCGUCAUCAUCAUCAUCCUCGUCGUCAUCCUCAUCGUCAGCGGGCGAUAAGAAGACUAAAGGACGGACAGGAUGGCCUCAACAUGUCUGGGCUCUGGAACUCAAACAGUAGCGGCUCCCUCCCCUCCUGCAGGCCAAUUGCACUCUUUCCUCCCGGCUCUGUCCUCGAGGAGAAUGACGGGACAAUAAUGACGCGCUGUGAUGAACUGUCAUCAUCUCUGGAGCUGGAGGCUGUUUCUUCCCACAGAGCGGUGGACGCUGUAUAGCUCCGUCCACUUUGCUAUGGUGAGACACGAAGAAAGUGACAGUUUACUGUUGGUUUGCUUAUUGGUUAUUAGCCUAGUUCUGAUAGAACAUAACUUCAGAUUUACAACUCCCACCCCCCUUCAUCGGCAAAGACGCUUUCUGAAGUUUGUUCUCUGUGAGGUUUUUGACAUUGAAUCCUGAUUUCCUCCUUAAAUUUUAGGCUACCUAAAAUAUCAUGAAAAUACUGUAUCACAUAUUCAGUAUUCUUAGCUAAAAUAAUACAUUUUAAUUAAAAAUGAAAAGAACCAUAUUCUUACGGCUUGAUCAAAUAGAAAUAUUCUAGAUGUUUUGUCAGUCAUGAUUUCCUCAUAAUUCAACAUAUUUGCUGUCAGUGGAAACUUUUGGAUAAUUCAAAAUAAAUGAGUGUGGGCUUGAACUAUAUGUGUGUUAGAAAUAGACCCGCUGGGAUGAAGAGGUUAAAAUAAAAGAGGCAUACCAUACUCCCCUAGUGAAUCAACUGGAUCCACUUUUACAUUGGUCUUUUGACUAGCUCGGUUAAAGUGAUUCUCACUGCCUCUCCUCUCCGUUCCUGAUGAACUUGAUAGGGGAGGCUUGAGGAUUUGAUGUAUGCCGAAUUGAAGAGUACAUCCGAAUGGCUCAUAAAAUACUCUCAAGUUGUGUUCUACCAGAUGCGUGUUGCCAGUGAGCAAAGUAACAAUACACCACUGGUCGAUUGUGAACGGAGUCUGGCAGUUUUCUUUUCCUCUCCUCCGAUCGAGGGAGAACAGAAAGAGUUGGGGAUAGGCGGAAACAUUUCCCUCUCUCCCCUCUUAAUCACACACACACACACACACACACACACACACACACACACACACACACACACACACACACACACACACACACACACAAACACGGGGUGUCGACUUGCUCUCUGCUUUAUUUAACGGAAUAUAUUUAUGUGCAAUGUGGCCGUAAGGACCAAACAGCCAUUCCGCUGAAUGACAACGGUCAUUCACUGAAUAUCUUUUAUUAAACUACAAGGUGUUUGUAACGCUCUCUCUCUCUCUCUCUCUCUCUCUCUCUCUCUCUCUCUCUCUCUCCCUCUCUCUCUCUCUGUAUGUUUCUCUCGCAAAUUUGGGUUGUAAAUGUAGUGACGUCACGGUGAUGACGAAGUGUCCCUGUUGUGUUGUGAAAAAUGUGGCGGGAGAGUCUAAAUAAUGCUUAAUGUGGGAUGUAAACAGUGUAAUGAAUAUAAUAAACCGCCACCU